AUGCCACCUCAGCCUCCAGCUACGGCUGACCUUCCUUCAGCCAAGGAAACCAACGGUUCUGGAAGGACGGAAGGUGUGCAAUAUAGUCGUAAACGGAAGAGAGAUGAACCGGAAUUGCCAAUUCAUUACUACGAAGUUGACGAAAAUGAUGCAAUCAGAUCUAUUAUCGUCGGUACCAACUGUAAACUGGAAGAUAUUGAGAUACAAAUCGAUAAGGCCGCCAAAGCUUCUCCGCGUAAGACCAGUCACAAUCCAAUUCAAUGGCGAUCUCACAGCGAAGUUGCCAUCGAGGUUAGGGAAUUUAAGCAACCACUGGUUCUUCACGACUUGGUGGACGAGAACAAUGUUCACCUCAUGGUUCUUACUCGAGAUCAAGUCAUUAUCCAAGGCCAGAUUGAGCAGGUGAUGGAAAUGUAUCGCACUGCAGGGCAGUCAUUGGGCUUCAGCCGUUCGCGGCUGAGUGAUGUGGGAAGCCUUGGUACAGUUGCGCCGUCGGGCCCCAGUGCCGGACCCCAGCAGUCUUCAAGCUUUGUAGAUGCGGCUGAUGAAGACGACGAUACUGAGCUAGAUAGCUUAGAUAGCCAUCUCGCCGAAUUUCGCACCGCUCCUAACUUCUAUGACCCGCCGCAUGCUCAUCCUUAUGCGACACCUGUUGUCCCUGGUCAUAAUGGUCUCGGUAUGUUUCGGUUGGAUCAGGGUGCCGACAUGCAGGAGCGACUUUACGCAUUCGAACAGUACAAUCCUCACCGCGUGACGAGACUCGGAAGUUCGGACUUAAAUCAGAUCGAACCCGAAAAUGAGAGGACCCGUGAGAUGGACAAGAUGAAGUGGAUAGAAGCAUGGCGUCUAGAACAAAGUCGUUGCCUUCUAGAAGAAAUACAGAAACAAACUCGCAGGAGGCAGCGAUCCGUUACCAGUGCGUCGGUACCCAACCACAUAGAAGAAAAGGACGACGAUGCAGUGACAAUGAGCGGUCUGGACGAUUCAUCAAGUGGAGCAGUAGAUCAGAGCCAAGAAUGGCAUGAUCACGACGGAAGUGAGCAAGGGGCAGAUGACGAGAGCAUCUGGGGACGCAUUACUCGAAAAGUUGUCCGCGACAUUUUGGGAAUUGACGAUAAGAUGCUCUCGAUUUUAUUCGGUGAAGAAUUACCGGAUGAAGAAGACCUCCCUUCAACGCCAAAGCUAUCAUCGAUACCCACAUUCCAACAAUCAGACAUUAGCAUGGAAGAUUCGACAGAUUCCGGAUGGCAGCUCAAAAUGUUGGAGCGGGUCGCUAAAGAGCUCGGUUCACUUAUUCAUCGGCUCUCUGACCAUCCUGGAGCCUUUUCGACUUUCAGUCGAGUACAGCAAAUGUCUAUUCCGUAUGCAGGUCUACCGCCCAUACCGGAGGGUGUAAACGACACCACAACCAGCGCGAGGACAGUAGAGCCGUCCGUGGUUGUUCCCGAGUUCCAGCCAACAUUAGCUACACGGGCACAACCUGUCAACGCAACCCAAGUUACACAACCGACGAAGUCAGGUCAAGCUAAUACGCAAUCACAAUCGCAAUUAGACAGUUCUGCGCUAGCAUUUACACAGGAAGAAUGGGAACAAGAGCUAGAUGUAAGGCUUGUGUUCCGUUAUCUCCGGUCGCGCUUCACAUCACGAUCUAGCAACAGCGGUGUGAUCUCUAGCAACCCUGGCAUCGCGUCUUCGAGCGCCCAAGACGCAGCCGCCAAGGUUGCGCGGGUGCGUCAACACCACCCGUUGAUGUCGGGGCGGCGCACUGUAGAAAGGCGUAAGUCUAAGACAACUGUGCCUUCAAGUCCCCUGUUCAAGCAUGCGUCAAGCUGCGCUAGUCAAAGCACACGGAGAUCUGUUAGGAAGAGUAGCGCCUCAUCAUCUCGGCAUUAUUGGGACAUCGGCGGUUCUGUUGGCACCGGCUCGAUGAUCGCAACGACAGGGCCUAUGGGAAGUUGGGGCGAGGUCUAA